AUCUGGGCCGCCGCAAGGCAACAGCAAUCGGCCAGCGAGUUCGGUAGUCGGCGGUUCAGUGUCAGUCCUGAAAUCGGAGGAGUGCAACAGGAUCACUUUACACCGCGCUGCAGCGGGUUCACGAUCGGAGCUUGAAGUGUUGCUGUGGUACGAAAAUGUGACCGAUGGGUACACGUUGCAGUGAAGUGCAAAGUGCAAUGGUGGCGUGUAGGCCACAAUGAAACACGAAGGUAACCGACGGUGAAGUCAGUAGUGUAGCUAGUUGUGUAUAGGUAGUCGAGUGCACCCCGGAGUCUGUGAAAGGUUGGUUCGGGAAGUGCGUGAAAUUCGGUGCAGUUUUCAAAUCACAAUCGAAGAAAUCCGGUCGCAACAAGCUGUUGGUGCUUCGGAUCCGGGGGUCUGUAUUGGCGAUAUUAAUAGUGAAAGCAGCCAGCGGCAGCCAGUGAGACCGCGUAGAAAAAAAACGCCACAAAAUGUCGACCACCUCCAUUUCGCGGGAGGAAGAACGAAAGCCGCUGAUGGAGGAGUUUUACCGGCAGCGGCGGAUUCUGCUCGGUUGCACCGUCCUCAUCGGGGUGGCGGCCAUCGUGUGGAUUGUGGCUAUUAGCACCGAUCACUGGUUUAUUGUAACAGGUGGCCAAGGCAUUUUCAUACCGGAUACACGACGGUACUUUAAAUCUUCGCACUCUGGGCUGUGGAAAAUAUGCCGCUACGGGGUGAUCCCGGCGGUGCUGGCACAAUCGAACGCAACACGAAACUUCACGACGCUUUCGUUUGUAAACGAGAACCGCAUUACGGCGAUGCGUCAAUCCAUUGCCAAGGAACCGUACAUUCGGGACUUUCUCGAGGCCGAGCUAAAAACGGAUAAUCUUACCGAGGUGAACGACAACUUUCGCCGGCAUCUGUUCGCUUCCUGGAUCGCCGACGACGCGGAUCAGUUCCAAGAGCUUAAGUCCCAGUUCCACGAGAUUACGGGCAAGGUUCGCCAGCAGGAUAGUGUGGCAGUGCAGAAGCUCAAAAAUCCACCACUCAUGAUGCUCGACCCGACGGACCUGAACUCGGUGCGGGAAACACUGAAGGAACCGGUGGCUGCGGUGCUUUCGACGGUGACGAUUAACGCGACCGAAAUCAACGUGCUGGUUCCGAUAACGCUGUCCGAGGCGCUGUUCGAUGACUGGGAGCAGCGGCCGGGCGUGAUUUAUCUGCUUUGGAGUUUCGCCAAAGCGAUGAACAUCCCGCCGUACAUCGUUAGCCCAAAUGGCACCAAAUACAUCAUCCGACCGCCGGUCCCACCGAAGAAGGGCCGAAUAGGAAACGGCUACGAGUACACACCUUUCAAAAAAUGCAAGCUCCACGAUCUCUUCCCCACCGAUGAUGAAAUAAAACAGGAUCCCUCGAUAGACGAUGACCUUCUAGACUAUAGUCGCACCGAAGCGUCGUUUGCGUGUAUCACCGUGUUCGUAAUGGUGAUGGGUUUCAUCUUUUCAAUCUACACAUUCUUGAACCCGCGAUACAUGUUCAAAAGACUGGCCGGAGGAAUACACUUCAUAUCAGCGGCGACCAGCAUUGUGGUGAUUCAAGUCCUGGUGGCUUCCGUAGAGUACGAAAAGGAAAAUAUAUCCUACACCUUCCCAAAGGGUGCCAAAUAUAGCUACGGCUACGGGUUCUAUCUGGCUUGGUUCGUGUUCUUGUCGAACAUCUACGCAGGAUUGGCGUUCAUGUGGUACUCGAAAAAAAGGAAAGGCAAUAAGGCGGCUACCGAGGAGUUGGGUAUGGCUGACGAACCCAUAAAUAUUGGCCGAUAAGUGUGCACCGCGAACAAACAGCGACAAUGGAUACAGACCAAACUAGUCUGACACCAAAGACAAUGUGGAUGAAGAACUGUAAGAUUGUGCUACAAGUAUGAGUUAAGUGAUCGAUACACACGCAUCAGUGACGCACUCGCGUGAGGCAAAGCGUCAACGAACCAGCAAGAAAGCAUUAAGACAUUGUAUUUUUUAAUUUGUUGGUCUAUCUUUGUUUUUAGUUGGUAACUACCAUUCAUUAUCGACGUUUUUCUGCCUAUUUUUUCUGUCACGAUUUAACUGUUACCAGAAACCAAUAAAGUUAAGCCUGUU